AUGCUUUAUCAUGGAUCAAUUUUCAUAUGGAUUUUCAUUCUUACUAAAUGCUCUGGAGUUUUUGCUCAAGCAAAAUUUCAACAAUUUCCAAAUUCUACCAUAACUUCUACAUCUUACACUACACAAGUUAAUCAAUCUUCGAUCUUCAAUCCAAAAAGUGUACUAUAUGAAUCACCAGCAGAAUCUUCAUCGAUUCAUAGUGACAUCGAGACAAAUAAUUAUCCAUCGCCGACGUUGAGUCUUCCUACUAGUUCUUGGACCAAUAUUGGUACUACAAGACAUGAAAGCUCUGCCAAUCCUCUUGCCGUCACUACCACGCCUCAAUGGCCUGGGAGAUUCAGUGGCGUUACAUCUGACACAGUUCCCGUCAGCAAUCCUACAUCCCAAUGGCCAAGCAAUAUCAAAAACGUGACUUCUAUCUUCACAUCAACCCUCAAUUCCACCUCGCGCUCUCAAAGUUUCAUCACUUCAACAACUUUCGCACUCAGCACAAACUUCGGUUAUCCAAUUGCGCCCACUAACUCGAGACAACUGAUCAAUAAUCCAAACACGACUAUAUUCUCUUUUCAUCACCAAACGGUCUCUAGUUUCGGGCACAGUGAGACUGGAACUUUCAGCAACACUAUAGUCAACACAUCCGUCACACCUCCUGAAUUAGAUCUCGAGACGGAUCCGUGCAUUGCUCUUGAUUCUCCUGAUGACGACUAUUAUGAAUUCAUUCUGGUACCCAAUACGAAAACAAUUACACUUGCUAGUAAUGCAACAUACACCCCAAUACCAGAGUUUACUCCUCCAACUUAUUGUCCACCGGGGACAUCACCAGCGUAUGAGCUACCAACAUUUCCAUUUGGUAAUGAUACCGACCCAAAUCUGUCAGAGUCAAAUGAAACAAGUACAGGAGAAUAUUUAACACUGUCGCCAUUAGCAACUCCCAGUUAUUCACAAAUAAGGACGACAACCGUUGUUGUUACAAGCAAGAACCCACAGGUUGUUAUUGCCUCUUAUACCCCACCACGUUUCCCGGGAGUUCCAGUAACAAAAAUUGGCAAGCCAUCUACACCAAAUUUUACGUCAAGUUCUACACCAGGAUCUUCGGGUAAAGCAGUUGGCCCGGAAUCAAACAGUGUAGGGAAUCCUGAUGCAGAGUCUAACAAUGAUUCUGGAUCACCUUCACUUUCUACAACUUCAGUGGUAGUUCUUGGAGUACCGAUUGUCUUGACACCGAGCAAUGUUGUUAUAAAUGGGCAUACGAUUCAAAGACAAAAUUCCCCUUUAACCAUUAAGCAGAAGGGGCAUAUAUUUACGGUUAAUCCAUCUCAAGUAAUAGGCCCAGAAACAACAUUGACAUUACCAAGUUCAUAUAGAGCUAUCGAAUCCACGAAUCCAGCGACAACGAGAAUGCAGUCGCAACCAAAUCCAACUUCUGCUUCCGGGACAGAUAGUUCUGGGAAAUCGCCAACUCUGACUACCAAUUUAGGAGGGAAUAUCGAAAUGUCAGCAAUUUCGACUGUGGUGGAUAACAUUUCGGUGAAACUAGGAGAAUCUAUUGCCGUUGUGAAUGGUAAGAGCUAUUCAAUAGGUUCGGGAGCUCCUCAAGUAGUGACUGUUAUAAACACCCAGACAAUCACGAUUGGUAUUGCCGGAGUCCAAUUUACGCACACGACUCUGGCGCCUUUACUUGUUGAACCUACGAACCAUGUGAUUAUCGGUGGUGAGCCCAUAAGCGUUGGAAAUUCGUUGGCAUACAUCGGGUCUUCAACGUUUACUUACGGAUCAGGAUUGGCCAUUCAAACUGACGUAUUCAAUGGACAAACAAUAUGCAUCUACCCUAGUGGAGUAGUCUUUGCGCGAACAACUUUAGGGGGUAACUCAAGAUCAGGAAAUCAAAUUGGAAUAGUUGGCGGUCUCUCGGUUACGGAAUUAGGUUCAUCAAUCGCAAUUAUAUCUAGCAUUACGUUCAAUAUUGGACCAGGUGCUACUCCUACCAAGACAGUGAUCAGUGGGGAAAGUAUAUCUGCGGAUCAAAGCGGCCUGGUGCUUGCUGGUACAACUUUAACAUACCCUCUCAUUCUUGCGACACAUCCUGUCACAAUUUCAGAUGUCAUAUUCACGCAAAUUGGAUCAAGUCUAGCAGUUAUAGACGGAACAACCUUAACUUUUGGACCAGGAGCAACACCUACUAGUCAUACCUUCAAUCGACAAACUAUAAAAAUCGGAAGUAAUGGCAUUGAGUUCUCGAAGACCACAUUUACAGGUGUCUCUGAAUCUUCCUCGAUGCAGGCUAUGCCUACAAGUACAAGUAAAGGAUCGAAAUUCAAAACUACCGGCGAAGACUCAACACACACAUCUACAUCUACAGCGGCGACAUCCACAGAUCAAGAGAGCGACGCUGGGAAGAUCAACGCUCCAUUCGAAAUAUACGGAUGCAUCACUCUUGGUCUCAUUAUGAUGAUGACUUAA